AUGGCUACAACCCAACCCACAUCGCUGCUAUUCGAGAGUCCACCCGAAUCAGCAACGACUCGUUUAAACGAGAUUGCCCUAGACGAAGCCCUUGACAUAUCAGAUCCCUUGCGACAUCUCAGGACCGACGCCAGCGACUUCGCUCGAGAUGAUGAAGAUACUGUUGUCGUACCUUCGCAGCCACGAUCUAUCCUCGGUGAGACGAUCAGAUUGACAUUUCCUGUGGACUCUCCGCUGGUGUCGAUAUCACUCAAGGUUGAUGCGUCUCAUGGCUGUGGUGGCAUUGCUUGGCCGGCUGGUGAGAGCGAGACAUUUGAUGCAAUGCAGGUCUUAUCAAAUUACAUCGCAUUUCGAGGCGUCGAGUAUCUUCAAGGCAAGAAUAUUGUAGAAGUUGGCAGUGGAACGGGAUUAGUUGGUCUUGUAGCAGGCGCACUCGGUGGUACAGUUUGGAUCACUGAUCAAGCCCCGUUGCUGGGUAUCAUGCAACAAAAUGUGUCAUUGAACAAUUUGCAGUCCUGUGUCUCCGUUCGCGAACUCAAUUGGGGAGAGACACCGCCCUCGGACAUUCCUCUUCCUGAACUGAUCCUUGCAGCAGAUUGUGUCUACUUUGAGCCUGCUUUCCCUCUUCUGGUCCAGACCUUAUCAGAGAUGGCUGUUAAUGGCAGUACAGAAAUUUUAUUUUGUUACAAAAAGAGACGUAAGGCAGAUAAACGGUUCUUCACAAUGUUGAAGAAGAAAUUCAGUUGGGAAGAGGUGGGGGACGACCCAAAUCGCGAAAUCUACAAUCGCGAAGCCAUCUCGCUUCUAACUCUUACAAAACGGCCAUAA